CAGAACUCGUCUCUCACAGUCUCACUCACCAAUUAUACACGAAUCGAAGAAAAAAAAAAGUACACCAUCGCCUCCUGCUAAAGACAGAUCUCAGAUUCUGUACGCUAACAUAGAGAGUUAGAGUGAGAAAGAGAGAGAUGGCAACGACGACGUCGUCUUCAAGCGAGGAAGCACCGAACACUAAGAAGAACAAGAAGGAGCGUUUAGGUUGGAUAGAAUGGUUAAGAGGUUGGUUCUAUUUGGUCUACGAAAUGCUCUUUCAGCGCAUCAUGGCGAGCCACUUGCACAACCCUAUGCCUCUCCCUCCUGUAAACGACCUCACUUGCAUUGUCACCGGCUCCACCAGCGGCAUUGGCCUCGAAAUUGCUAGGCAAUUGGCUCAGUCAGGGGCCCAUGUUGUUAUGGCUGUGAGGAACACUAAGGCAGCUCAGGAGUUGAUCCAGAAGUGGCAGGUUGAUUCUGAAGGAUUGAGUAUUCCUCUCAAUGUUGAGGUGAUGCAAGUUGAUCUUCUCUCAUUGGAUUCUGUCACAAGGUUUGCUGAAGCAUGGAAUGCACGCUCAGCACCCUUGCAUGUUCUCAUCAAUAAUGCUGGGAUUUUUUCUAUUGGAGAGCCACAAAAGUUUUCCAAAGAUGGUUAUGAACAGCACUUGCAAGUGAAUCAUCUUGCUCCUGCCUUGCUUUCGAUACUUCUUUUGCCAUCCCUUAUUAGGGGUUCUCCUAGUCGCAUUGUUAAUGUGAAUUCCAUAAUGCAUCAUGUUGGCUUUGUAGACACCGAAGAUAUGAAUGUCACAUCUGGAAAAAGGAAAUUUUCUAGUUUGGUAGGGUACUCAAGCAGCAAGUUAGCAGAGAUUAUGUUUAGUAGUAUUCUUAAUAAACGACUCCCUGCGGAAUCUGGCAUCAGUGUAUUGUGUGUAUCACCUGGAAUUGUCCAGACCAAUGUGGCAAGAGAUCUUCCGAAACUUGUUCAAGCUGCGUAUCAUUUGAUCCCUUACUUCAUCUUUAGUGCUCAAGAAGGUGCAAGGAGUGCUCUCUUUGCUGCCACUGAUCCUCAAGUUCCGGAGUAUUGUGAUAUGUUGAAAGCAGAUGAGUGGCCUGUUUGUGCCUUUAUUUCUCAAGAUUGUCGUCCAGCAAAUCCAUCGGAAGAAGCGCACAACGUUCAAACAUCGUAUGAAGUGUGGGAGAAGACAUUAGAGAUGAUUGGCCUUCCCUCAGAUGCUGUGGAGAGGCUUUUAGAUGGGGAAGAAGUUAAAAGCCAUUAUAGACAAGAACAGUAAUCUAAUAUACAAUAUCUCCCUAAAUCUGUAAGGGCACGUCCAUUAUUUAUAGCUAGCAAUGAGCAUUUUGAUUCUGAAUAUGUAGGAGAAGAACCCUUUUAUAUUUUUUUAACAUGAUAUGUACAUCCAUUUUGAUCAUAUUUGUGCACUCAAAUGCCACUUGCUCCUCCUAAUGGGAGAAUUUAGCCAGCUAUAAACAGGUGUUUUGACCUUAAAUGUCACCAUAGGAGUAAGAACUAAAUUAGUCAGCACUAUGUUGUGAUAGUUGUUUUGACUUUUGACCCAUGCCAUUGGUGACCCUCCUAAAUAAGUGGGUUCCAACAAUAGUGUUGCUUUCAAUUUUGGAAUGUUACCAUGUUAUAAUGCAAUUCUUACAUUCUCGAGUUGU